GCCAAAGACGGUCUUCAAGAAAAUGGAUUACAGAAGCGAACUGUUAUCAAGCACCAUUGAGACGAUGCUAAUCUUCUUGCUCAGUGCUCUCAUCGCAAUAGUGCCUCUGGUCGAAUGUAAAAAGAGUAGUGACCCUAAAGAUAGGAGAAAGGAAGGCGGAGGAAGCGCGAAACUUCAAGUCCCACCAAAUAAAGAAGUGAACGGAACCAAGCCUGUAGUGAAGAAUACAGAAGCGAAAGAAAAGCAGGAAGACACAUUUCUGGAUCAUAAGCCCAAAGUUGAAGAAGCUAAAAGGGCAAAAGAUAUCAAGAAUGCAAAAGCUGGUAAUGCUGGAGAUUACAAAACAUGGAAUAAACUGAUGAAAGAAGAUGAUGAUUUUGAGAAGCCGCUGUUAGAUGUGGAAGAGGGGGAGUCGAAACCUGAAAAAAAAGAAGAUAAAGAGAAAGAGUCGAAAGAGAAAAAGGAUGAGAAGGACGCCGACACCCCCCUUCUAAGAAGUAAAGAGCAAAUGAAAUGAAAUAGGAAAACAAAAAGAUGUUCAACAUGUUCGGAAAAACACAUAUUCAUGUUUUGACUAGUACAUAUCUU